UACUUUGGAGUGAUCACUUUCUGCGGAUGCUUUCAUCUUGAAUUCAUUUUGACUGGCAGAUGAUGACCGGAAGGGUAAUAGUACUCGUGGAGACGUCCCUUCACUUCAUUCUGACUCAGAGACUAUUGUUUCAGCUAAAAUUUUGAGGUGAUGUGUUUCUGCACUGCAAUGGCAUACAUGAAGCCCUCUAGAGGAGUUUGAUACAUUUCAAGUGAAGAAAUUGUUCUGACUAUUUUCAAUCGUCUGAAACUGCUUCUCUGCAUAAUAAUUGUCUUUUAAUAUUCUUCAUUUCAUUUCUAGGUGAAUCGAUGAAGGCACGUCAAAUUAAAAUGCAGCUAGAGGGAACUGAAAAAAAAAUACCCGAAGUAAUUUUGGAUCUCAAAGCUGCAGAAGAGAAAUUACAAAAUAUUAAAGCCAAGAUUCUCAGUCAAAACGCAAACUCAACCGGAGAAAUAGAAAAGUAUACAGACUGCCUGGAAACUGCAUACAAAUACAAGUGGGGAGAAACCACAUUUAAACAUAGCGCAUUCCAGCUCGAAUACCUGAAAGACCCAGCCUAUUAUGAUGAAUUGAAGUGUUUACAAAAAGAAGUCUCAGAAUAUCAAAAAAAAGUGGAGGCGUACCCUGUAGAGAAAUGUUACGGAAAUAUACCCUCGGCGAAUGAAGAAGAUCUGAAGGAACUGGAAAAAUACAUCAAUUUAGUAUUCCAAGAAAACUACAGGUUCAGCUCUGUAAUUAUUAGCAAGGACCUUUACACAACCCAGUUGAAUACGUUGAAAGGAAAAUGACGAGAGGAACCCAGGUGAAUGUCAUAGCCGGCGUGCUACUGAACAAAUGUGGAUUGUAGAAGCUUUCGUAAAUAUUUCGUUUUCAAUUAAGUAAAUUAAAUAAAUCAAUUAUCUGCAUCG